CAACCCCUAGACCUUGGUCUGGAUCCCCAACCCCUAGAUCUUGACCUGGAUCCCCAACUCCUAGAUCUUGACCUGGAUCCCCAACCCCUAGACCUUGAUCUGGAUCCCCAACCCCUAGAUCUUGACCUGGAUCCCCAACCCCUAGAUCUUGAUCUGGAUCCCCAACCCCUAGACCUUGACCUGGAUCCCCAACCCCUAGACCUUGACCUGGAUCCCCAACCCCUGGACCUUGGCCUGGACACCCGACUCCUGGACCUUGCCCUGGAUCCCCGACCCCUAGACCUUGGCCUGGAUCCCCGACCCCUAGACCUUGGCCUGGAUCCCCGACCCCUAGACCUUGGCCUGGAUCCCCUAGACCUUGGCCUGGACCCCUGACCCCUAGACCCUGGAUAUGACUACUCAUGGCUUAACAUAGGCCACUCUAACCUCACUCCUCUGUCCUCAACUCGGAUAUGUAAUGUUAUCUCUGGACUUGCACAUUUACUGUAGUACUAGCUACAGGUUAUAGCUAGAUCAACACAUUUAGCAGCUACAGGUUAUAGCUAGAUCAACACAUUUAGCAGCUACAGGUUACAGCUAGAUCAACACAUUUAGCAGCUACAGGUUAUAGCUAGAUCAACACAUUUAGCAGCUACAGGUUUCAGCUAGAUCAACACAUUUAGCAGCUACAGGUUACUGCUAGAUCAACACAUUUAGCAGCUACAGGUUAUAGUUAGAUCAACACAUUUAGCAGCUACAGGUUUCAGCUAGAUCAACACAUUUAGCAGCUACAGGUUACUGCUAGAUCAACACAUUUAGAAGCUACAGGUUAUAGUUAGAUCAACACAUUUAGCAGCUACAGGUUAUAGCUAGAUCAACACAUUUAGCAGCUACAGGUUACAGCUAGAUCAACACAUUUAGCAGCUACAGGUUAUAGCUAGAUCAACACAUUUAGCAGCUACAGGUUUCAGCUAGAUCAACACAUUUAGCAGCUACAGGUUACAGCUAGAUCAACACAUUUAGCAGCUACAGGUUAUAGCUAGCACUACUACUACCAACCUUGAGUUGUGGUUUGCUUUUGGACAAAAAAACACCACAAUCUGAAGUCUUGUUUUAAUGAAAUUUCUCUGAUUAACUUUAGGUCAAUUUAACUGACUUUUUAAAAACUAUUUUUUGAAACCUGUGUUCUAAACAUGAAGUAAUGUCAUUACAUUUAGCUGAUCUUAGCCUAUUGUACAGCUCUGUUUUAAUGUGUUAUAACAUCACGUCAGUGUUAGUAUCCAUGUCAACAUCGGGACAUUCAACCUCCUGUCCAAUGAGAACUGUCGUGACAUGAUGAUUAUGGUUCAGAGUUCUUCAGUUUGUGUUGCAUUAUGGAAGAAAACAUGAGGUACAUGCGGAGAGGAUUGAAAACCUAUGGGUUCUCUUUUGGUACUUGUCUCUCAGUUGUAAAGUGUCAUUUAUUGAUUGAAUGUGUUGGAGACUGAAUUGUAUUGUCAUUGACUCACAUCAGCCGGGACCUGGUGUGGUUUUAUCAUUCAUGAGAAAAUAUUCUUCAAAACAACGUCUGUUUUUGAAUUGUGUCCGUUUUAACACCACCUCAAAUGGUACUGUAUCACAACAUUCACUGUUACAUUUUCUAUAAUUUGUUUUGUUUCUACCAAGCUUUGCUGUUUAGAAAUGUAUGGACAACUUGGUUGAUUACAUGGUUCAAUGUCUAUAAAGAAAGAUAUAAAUAAUGGCAUUAUGUAUUGGAAAAGAGUUCUGCUUUCUGUCUGUUGUCCAUGUUUCUAUAACAACAGGGUUCUAGACUUUAACGGCUUGUCCUGGAUAUGAACCAGGGUUCUAGGGAACGUAUGUUUGGAUGGUGACCAAUAAUGGAUCUGUCGGUCGGAGGAGGACUGGGUCGGAAGACUUUCCUCCAUCGAGCCGCGGCCUCUCAGCGAAGCGACAUUGGACAAGAAACCAGGCGAGGGCCGGACGAAACAGGCCCAGGCGAUCAACACUGGUACACUAGGUACAUCAUGAGGGAAGCAGAGGGCCGUGUUUGGACAGCUGCACCCAUGCACCUGGCUGUAGUGGCCUGCGGACAGAGACUAGAGGAGACUCUCACCAUGCUGAAGUCUGCUGUUAUGCUCAGCAUCAAACCACUGUGCCUACACAUCUUCGCUGAAGACCAGCUGCACGCCAGCUUUAUAGAAGCUUUAGAGUCGUGGCCAAGUUCGUUCCGCUCCAGGUUUAACUACACUCUGUACCCCAUCACCUUUCCCCAUGAGAAUGCUGGAGAGUGGAAGAAGCUCUUCAAACCAUGUGCUUCUCAGAGACUCUUCCUACCUCUCAUCCUAAAGGAGGUGGAUUCUCUAGUCUACGUGGACUCGGACAUCUUGUUCCUCCAGCCUGUCGACGCUCUGUGGUCCCUGCUAGCUCACUUCAACGCUAGCCAGCUGGCCGCCAUGGCGCCGGAGCACGAGGAGCCACGCAUCGCCUGGUACAGCCGCUUCGCCCGCCACCCCUACUAUGGCAGGACGGGCAUCAACUCUGGAGUCAUGCUCAUGAACAUGACACGCAUCAGGGCCACACACUUCAAGAAUGACAUGACGUCAGUGGGUCUGAGGUGGGAGGAGCUGCUGAUGCCCCUACUGCAGAAAUAUAAACUAAACAUGACCUGGGGAGACCAGGACCUGCUCAACAUCAUCUUCCAUCACAACCCUGAGUGUCUGUUGGAAGUUCCCUGCCACUGGAACUACCGUCCAGACCACUGUAUCUACGGCAGUAACUGUGGCUCCGCGGAGGAGGAGGGUAUCUUUAUCCUGCACGGGAACAGAGGAGUGUACCAUGACCUCAAACAGCCUGCCUUCAGGGCCGUCUACGACGCCAUACGACAGUACUCAUUUAGGGAGGAUCCUGUGAGCUCUCUGCUGGUCCCACUGGAAGAAGAGCUGUUGAAGACUACCCGUUCAUACUGUGGUAAAUCACAUGUUCUGUUUACUAAGAGACUGGCUCACAGCCUGGCCAACGUCAACAGAGAUGCUCAGCGUCCACAUGGACGGUAGUCUGAUGUCCUGGGCCUCUAUGCUGUCCUAUAGUGUUGUCAUGGUCAGAGAUGGUAGCCUGGGUACUGUUCAUUAGAGCACACUGUAGCAAAACCUUUUGCAACGGAAAACUAAAAUGGGUGUUUCUUAUUGGACAAGUUGAGCUAGUGCCUACUCUGUUUCAUUUCGUCGUCUUCUGUUUCAUGACUACUUGGCACCUACAGUGUCUACAGCUACAUGGUGGAAGGAAUUUAUUUAUAUAUUUUUAUUUAACUAGGCAAGUCAAUUAAGAACAAAUUCUUAUUUUACAAUGACUGCCUACCCCGGCCCAACCCUCCCCUAACCCGGACGACGCUGGGCCAGUUGCGGGCCACCCUAUGGGACUCCUGAUCACGGCCGGUUGUGAUACAGCCCGGGAUCAAACCAGGGUCUGUAGUGACGCCUCUAGCAUCGAGAUGCAGUGUCUUAGACCGCUGCGCCACUCGGGAGGAAGAGACUACAUGGACGUUGGUGACUUCAUAUGCUGGAGAUACAUGCUGUGUGUGAAGAAUGACACCGCUGUCAUCACUACAGACCCCAUAUCCUGUUCAGCGUUUCUCUGGUCAUAGUCAUCUGUAUAGUAGGCUAUAUGGCAUUUCCAAUGCUGAUGAGGCUCUUCUUUAAUAGUGCUGUCUGCUGUAUUCAAGAGGCCUUGCUAUCCAUAUUGGAGAAUUUGCCACAAUGGUCUUAUCCGGCCUGCAGAACAUGACUAAACUCAAUCAGCCUUUCUAAGCUAAAUGGUACCUCUCCUAUUGACAAAGAGCUACUCUGAGCCUUCUGCCAUAAUGUGAACAGCAUAGUGCCAUGGGAGAAGAAGAAGGCACAGACCGGAAGCUAUUUUGGAGUUUGCUUUAUCAAAAAUGCACUUUUUUUAAUGCCAGUCAUUCCCCUUUAUAUAUUAAGAUAAGUGGAACAAGAUGCGUAUUAAUGUGAGUUCUGGAUGUUUUUAGUUUUUGUGUCAAUUUGUUUACUUCAGAAAUAGUUACAACCAGUACUUCUCUUUGUAUGUUAUAUUCUUUGUGAAAUUUUUAUUAGAUGUGGUAUGGAAGAAGCCGUCCAUACUUUCUGCACUGAUCUGUUUCAUACAUAUUUUUCAUACAUUUCUUAAAGUCUUUAUUACUUUGGUGGUUUGGGCAAUUCCAUCCUUAAAACAUGCUGGGACGUUGUCUUUGAAGAAGCACUUUGUUCUGCAGUCAGUCAGUUUUCAUUUAUUGUUCAGACGACAAAUUGUACAUUAUUUUGCGUUGUGUUUAUAGCUAAUACCAAAGUUUUUUGCACUGUUGAACGUAUAUUGGAAACAUUGACCGUCAAAACAAAUAACUUCCUUCUGUCUGUCAUAAAAUGAUCUUGAAAAUGUUUAGUCAUUUUUACAAUACAUGUCUUCCUAAUGUUUACUUUAUGUAUAAACAGGUAAAUGCAGUAUAUUUUGUACCAGAAAGGUAGCACGCACCUUUUUGUAUAUGUCUGUCACUGUAUCUUAACCAACAGUAAUGUAUUCUGUUAAAUUAAAUCCAGUAGUACACAAUUUGAUAGCUUGCCACCAGAUGGCAGCAUUUCUGCAUCAUGAACAGCAGUUAGCUGGACUAGAGGAGAGACUGUCGGGUUCACCAAUUACAUUGAGGGGGAUUCAUGACUAAAUGUGGAACAAAUAUACACAGUUUACAAAAUGUAUGCCAUCAAAAUAUCUAUGCAGCAAUAAUGUUAUGUGGUGCUGCCUGUGCAGUUUAGAUGGGAGUCAAUCUGUCAAUAAAUCAAGUAUAAAUACUU